AUGGCGGACCGGCGGCGCGCGUGGAACACGGAGGACGACCUGCCCGUGUACCUGGCGCGGCCGGGCAGCGCGGCGCAGACCCCGCGCCAGAAGUACGGCGGCAUGUUCGCCGCGGUGGAGGGCGCCUACGAGAACAAGACCAUCGACUUCGACGCGUACAGCGUGGGCCGCCGCGGCUCGGCGCGCACGCCGCGCAGUGCUGGCCGGCUCGACGCGGUCGGCCUGCCGGGGCCCAGCGGCAGCGAGGACACUGCCAGCGACGUGAGCGAGCCCUCGGGCUCCGCCGUCAGCUCUCCAGGGGAGCGCGAUGAGCGGCCGCCCGCACUGCGCAUCCGCUGCCCCGCGCCCCGCGACCUGCCACUCGGCCGGGACAAUGGCCAGAGUGAUCGACUCCUCAUCAAAGGUGGGCGAAUCAUCAACGAUGACCAGUCCUUCUACGCCGAUGUCUACCUGGAAGACGGACUCAUAAAACAAAUAGGAGAGAACUUAAUCGUUCCCGGGGGAGUGAAGACCAUCGAGGCCAAUGGGCGAAUGGUUCUUCCUGGAGGCAUCGAUGUCAACACGUACCUGCAGAAGCCCUCCCAGGGCAUGACCGCCGCUGAUGACUUCUUCCAGGGGACCAGGGCUGCGCUGGCCGGCGGGACCACAAUGAUCAUUGACCAUGUUGUCCCUGAACCUGGGUCCAGCCUGCUGACCUCCUUCGAGAAAUGGCAUGAAGCAGCUGACACCAAAUCCUGCUGUGACUACUCCCUCCAUGUGGACAUCACAAGCUGGUACGAUGGCGUUCGGGAGGAGCUGGAGGUGCUGGUGCAGGACAAAGGCGUCAACUCCUUCCAAGUCUACAUGGCCUAUAAGGACCUCUACCAAAUGUCGGACAGCCAGCUAUAUGAAGCCUUCACUUUCCUUAAGGGGCUGGGAGCGGUGAUCUUGGUCCACGCAGAAAAUGGAGAUUUGAUCGCUCAGGAACAAAAGCGGAUCUUAGAGAUGGGCAUCACGGGUCCCGAGGGCCACGCUCUGAGCAGACCUGAGGAGCUGGAGGCCGAGGCCGUGUUCCGGGCCAUCACCAUCGCGGGCCGGAUCAACUGCCCCGUGUACAUCACCAAGGUGAUGAGCAAGAGUGCAGCUGACAUCAUCACCCUGGCCAGGAAGAAAGGGCCGCUUGUUUUUGGUGAGCCCAUCGCUGCCAGCCUGGGGACCGACGGCACCCACUACUGGAGCAAGAACUGGGCCAAGGCUGCGGCCUUCGUGACCUCCCCUCCGCUGAGCCCAGACCCCACCACGCCGGACCACUUGACCUCCCUGCUGGCCUGUGGAGACCUGCAGGUCACGGGCAGUGGCCACUGUCCCUACAGCACUGCCCAGAAGGCGGUCGGCAAGGAUAACUUCACCCUGAUCCCUGAGGGCGUGAACGGGAUCGAGGAGCGGAUGACCGUCGUCUGGGACAAGGCAGUGGCUACCGGCAAAAUGGAUGAGAACCAGUUUGUCGCUGUCACCAGCACCAACGCAGCCAAGAUCUUCAACCUCUACCCCAGAAAAGGGCGGAUUGCCGUGGGCUCGGACGCUGACGUGGUCAUCUGGGACCCCGACAAGGUGAAAACCAUAACAGCGAAGAGUCACAAGUCGGCUGUGGAGUACAACAUCUUCGAAGGCAUGGAGUGCCACGGCUCCCCGCUGGUGGUCAUCAGCCAGGGCAAGAUCGUCUUUGAGGAUGGCAACAUCAACGUCAACAAGGGCAUGGGCCGCUUCAUCCCGCGGAAGCCCUUCCCGGAGUACCUCUACCAGCGCGUCAGGAUCAGGAGCAAGGUUUCUGGGUUGCAAGGAGUUCCCAGGGGCAUGUAUGACGGCCCUGUGUACGAGGUGCCAGCUACACCCAAAUAUGCAACUCCUGCUCCUUCCGCCAAGUCCUCGCCUAACAAACACCAGCCUCCACCCAUCAGGAACCUCCACCAGUCCAACUUCAGUUUAUCAGGUGCCCAGAUAGAUGACAACAAUCCCAGGCGCACCGGCCACCGCAUCGUGGCACCCCCUGGCGGCCGCUCCAACAUCACCAGCCUCGGCUGAAGGCGGCCGCGUGGAUGAGCUAGAGUGAAGGAUUCUGGGAAUACUGUCCAUUCCUUUCCCUGUCAGUGUUGUUGAAACCCGCAGUUUUAUUUGGUACUGAUGGGGGGAAAACUGAAUGAUGUUCUUUCCUUUUUUGUUUAGGAAGAAGUGGUACUAGUGUGGUGUGUUUGCUUGGCGCUCCUUGCCCCACAGUUGUGUGUUCAUGCUGAUUGCAUCUCACAGCAUGGUGUCUUCACUCCCUACUUAGUGAGCACAGGUUCUAGCGUCGUCUUGUGCUGUCCCUUCCACUGCUGACUCGCGGCCCCAUGGCUCUCCGAGUGGCUCCUUUGCACCCUUGUAGCUGUUCUAGGAUAGGCGAUGCAUGUUACUAAAUUCUGUAUGCAAGUCUGUGAGUGCGUCUGACGGAAGAUCGCCGAGGACCGACGUAGACAUGAUGCCAAGACCUCAAGCCCUCAGGGGCAAUUCCAGAACUCUUACCACAAAGAUGUUUACUCGUUGCCUCCAUCCCAAGUCUACGCUAGAAAGAAGCCUGCCCCAUCCCACCCCACUGAGACCUUCUGUGAAUUCUCAGAGGCGGGGGGCCCUUCCACUGCUUGCAGAGACAUCAUCCACGUCCUGUGUCAGAAACCCUGGUCUCUGUGGCACUUGUAACUUGCCAUGCCAUCUUUCUGGUCUGUGUGCGUCCUUCCGGCCACUCCGGGCUUCUGGCCGAGCCAGGUUCACACUCAGAAAGGGGUCUCCCAGCCCCAUUCAAGGCUGAUGAUGGUGGGGCGACGGUCGCCCCCGGGCUGCCCGAGUCCUGGUCCCUCCGAGGUGGCUGAUGGGGCAGUCAGAUUUUUAAAGUUUUGUACAAAGUUUUUCUUUGUAAUCACCCCCAUUUUUACUUAACAACUGACUUAUUGUGGCUCUUAUUUCUGAAUUCAAAGCUUGUGAGAAAAUAAAGAACAUAAAUGGCCCACUGGCUUGACUGAGGAGUUUCUAUUUAAGCGGUGGCCGGUUGGGUGGGUGCAGGUGGUUGGCGCUCCUCAUAAUAAGGAUGGAGGCGCUCACUCCCCGUAGACAGCUGGGGAGGCCAAGGCCGGAGCAGGGAGCCAGUGUAAGGUCCCCAGCCCGAGACAUGGAUGAGAGGACCUCAGCUGGCCACGGGCUCCUGUGAAAUAGGUUGAAAUCACAGGUCCACUCCCGCCUGCCCGGCACCUCCUGGGCGCGCCCCCUCCCUCCUCUUGUGGGUUAUGUAGGUCAGACCGCCUUGGGCUGGAAGCGCCGAACUCCUCAGCUUCACAUUCCUUCCCUCCGGUGCCAUCAGCAGAUGUACCUUCUAAGGAGGAGGAAACCUCAGGGCCAGCCGCUUGUCUCGAUCAGCUGUCAGUAGUGAUGACGGUGACUAUAACUCACUCUUCCCCAGGGGAGGAGAGGCACCCAACUGCUCAGUCCGGGGAGGAGCUGAGCAGCUACGGGGUGUCCUUUCUUCUCUCCACGGAGACGACUGGCCUCAGGAACACGUCCCUGAACAAGGAUUUACCGUGAAGUUAAUGGCGUGCAAGCUUCGGGCCCCUCAUGUGCACAGACUCGUCCCCAGGCCCCAGGCCGGUGGGGGGCUCUUAGCGACGUGUCCACGGCCGUGCUUUUCUGAACAGUUUACUGCAGUCUGGUAUUUAACUGCAUCGGUUAAGCUCACUCUUUCCGCUCACUCUCAUGUCCCCGCAUAUCAGGUGACCCUGGGGGGCCGAGGGCAUUUCUGGCUCUGGAUUAGGGCAGGCUGAGCUGGGUUCAGUGGGGAUGUUCGUGUGUGUAGCCAGCCCGGGCACAAAUGGCCACACUGCGCUAACACACCUGCAUCGUGACACAGUGCGCUGGCCGGAGGUGACGACACAGACGUGUCCCAUGGUGCCCAGCACCAGAAGUGCACGGCGUCGGGGAGAGCGAGUGCUGAAGUAAGCGUGCAGAGCCAGAAGCUAGUCCGAGCAGACUCUCCCAGCCGUCAGACGUGUGCAAUAACAUUUGAACAAAGUAUUACAGGGGUGGGUUAGGCAAUUCAUUGACUUAAACAAUUAUUUUAUUUUUGGAUUUGUGAUUUUGUGGAAUUCAUCUGGUUUUUAAAAUAUAUCAUUUGUUCUGAUCUCCUCUCUGACUCUAAAUACCUUUUGUAAUUUUAUUUGCUUUUUGUGAGGCUCCCCUCCCCAGUGUACAAGCCCCCACCCCCAUCUGGGCCUCCCGCCCCUCCUCCCGUGCAGCGUCUCAGGGGUGCGCCCACAGUGGAGGCUUGGAACUGGGCCUCGUCCGUGUGGCGGGGUGGGUGAGUUUACUUUAGGGGGAAGACCCGAGCAAGCCCUUGUGGCCACCGAGCCCUUCUCUGUGGCUUCAUCAGUCACAAAGCUGAUAUGCAGGUCUCUGGCUGGCUGACGGCUUUGCCUGUAUCUCAACUGGUUCCAAACGGGGAAUAAAGGCAUGUUAUUUAACCCUCUCCCCACCCCAGCAGCAAAAUAUAAGGUGCUAAGAGCAUAAGAGGAGAGUCUGGUCUUGUCUGGGGAAGGGGAACAGGGAAGGCUCUCGAAGACGUGAGCCCUGCUGUUGAGAUGUGAACAACAGCUGGGAGCUAAGGAGGCAAAGAGGAUGGGAGGAGGCAGGGGUGUUGCAGGCAGAAUGAAUGUCAUGUGCGAAGGCCCCGGGGUAGGCAGGGGUGUGGCACGUAGGAAGCCAUGGCAGGAGACAGAGAAGCUGGGUGCUGGGUAAGGGUGAGGGCAGCCGCUGGGCUGAAGGGGGGUGGCUGAUACCAGACCUCAGAGGACCCCGUGGUCCGUGUUAAAGAUUUUGCUUUUUCUCCUAAGAGCAAGGGAAUACCACUGAAGAGUAUCAGUCAGGUUUGUGUCUUAGAAAGUGUGGACAGAUUAGAGGAGGAUGAGGCAGGGCAGGAGGCAAGAGGGGGGGCAGCAGCAGCAAGAUCGGCACCAGAAGUACUAAGGACGAGAGACUCAGGCUGGCUGGAGGACUCCUGGGAGAGUCUGUGGACCUGAUUAACCCUAAUGGCUACAUCCUAGCAGCUCAAGCUCAGAUCAGAGGGUAAGUUUGAGUAAAAGAACUAAUUCACUAAACUCCGUGUUACAGCAUCACUCAGGAUCCUUACAGUUCCACCUCCUGCAUCACCAUAACAACCACAGCCCGUAACAAGAGCUGGGGACCGUAACCCAAGUGGAGGGAGGGCGGUGGAGGUGCGUCUCCCUGGUCCUCCUCUCCCCGGCUCUGGGUGGGCUGUGUUCAUGCGGCUCAGCACCAGGCCUGAACGCCCUCAUCCGCGUCCAGGCGUCCGGAGCCCGCGCCGGCCACUGCGUCCCGCGGCUUCCAGCUGUCCACGAUUUAUCUUGAUCAGGGAGGCAGUUCCAUUAGGAAAGUCACCUCUCAGCUCCCACUUGUAGUCAGAAGAGUCAAAUUGUGAUGUGAUGAAAACAGAAACAGACAGCUGUCUUUGUUGAGAAUCACAUACCCCAAACUGCCAAGCACAGUCAUUGGGCGGCGAGUGUGCGAAGGGGUCCCGCGGCCUGUAACAUGGGACAUGGUCCCAUGGGCUAAGGAAGUUACCUUUAAGGAGCAAAGCGAUUAUCCAUGCAAGACUGGCGAAGGCUGACGCAGCCAGUGAGACCAAGGCUGGACACCUGCCACCUUCCAGACAUCCUGGUGCUGCCCAGGCAUCUGCGUUAACCAUACUCACGUCACAGAUCAGACAUUCCCAACGUAGAAUUCCCCACAUCUGUCUCCAGCACCCUUCUGUGCAGAGGGCCACGUGACAAAGCGAUUUCUAUGCAAACCAGGCUCUGAACACAGUGCGGGCAGGAAGCCACAGGAAGCCACGGCCUUGUUACAAGGAUGAAGGAAAUGUUUCAUUUCGCCACCAGAGGGAGCCGUUGGCCAACGUUGGAAAUCCUGCUAUUGGCCAGUCAGGAAUUGAAGAUGCUCUGAGAGUUAAGCAUCUUUAUCAAAAGAUGUAACUAUUACAGAUUACUUCUGUUAAGGAGCCACUCUUUCCUAAGAGAGGCUAAUUUAGGUUUUAUGAAGUAAAAAUUCAUGGCACAAAUGGUCCAGAAAGUCCCCAAGACGUGGCUCCCAGAGCCUAGAGCCCACUGUGUUGUGGGAAUUCAUGGAAACACUGAGUUCUCCGUCCUGGACUUGCUGGAGGCCAGCACACUUUGACUUGCGUCAGUGGGUGAUGGCCCCAGGGGACAUUUUUGGUGUCACAACCAGGGAGCACUCCAGCAUCUGGUGGGUGGAGGCCAGGGAUGCUGCUAAACAGCCUUCAGUGCACAGGACGGUGCCCCCCCCCAAAGGAUGAUCUCACCCAGUGUCCAUAGUGCCGAGGUUGAGAACCCCUUAUUUAGAUGAAAAGGGCAAUUCUUUCCCAGUGGGAAAGGCCUCUCCUGGCAGUCGUUUAUGUGCCGCUGGUCUGGAAGCUUCUGGACGUUCUCAACAUCCAUUGGGAGAAGCAGUGACCCCAGGGACAUUUCUCCUUGGGGCUGGGCUGCUGCCUGGCAGAAGAGCUCAUCCCCUCCUGGUGGACUCCGAGGCCUGCGUGGGGCCUCCUUCCAAGCACUAUAAGUGACUCGAACAGAAGACACCACUGUAGGUCUCAUGGUGCAGCUGUGGGUCCUCAGGCCCCAGGGUGGCCUGUGUCAGGAUCAUGGGGCCGGAAGACUCAGACCGCCCAUAGUGACCAGGCCUUAGCCGCUGGCCAAGCCAAAGGCAGGGAAGGGUCCUGACGAGAAUACUAUGGCAGCCAAAGGCCACGGUGCAUGGGAGAGAGAGAGAGGGCGGGGUGACACAAUUGGGCCC